CAGUGACAGCGUGAAGAGCAUGGUGACAGAGGGAGUCAAGGCCGGGAGGUGGCAGACCGUCCAGGGCCACAUGCAGUCCGGAGGAUUGAAGCCGAACAAGUGAGUCCAGUACCGGGCUUUGGGAGCCAACACGUUUCCACUACGCAAAUGUUAGCCUUGUUGUUAGAUUCAGGGUAGCUGAAUCAGGUGGGGUUCAGCAGAGAGGAGCCUGCUGUUCAGGUGACAAUGGGAGAUCAAGGUGUGAGCACUGGGGAAGCUAAUCCGAAAGGCGUUUAGAAAAGGCGACUGGACUUGUAGAGUUUUGAGAAGACGUUUCGCCGCUAAUCCGAGUAGCUUCUUCAGCUCUUCUUCAAGUCCAGUUGGCUUUUUUUUUUAAACGCCCGUUGGAUUACCACGACCCGGAUGACUGAGAACCUCCAAACACAUUGCUACAUCACACUGACUCAUAUCUGCAGCCACUGCACGGCAGGCAGUAGCUUCUGCUGGGAAUCUGACUGAUUGAUGAUUUACUUUUGUGAGAAGCUGCACGGCCUGUGACGUCAUUUCAAGCAUGCAACUGCAACACAAACCGUUUCGUCUUCACACGCUAACUGCAACAACACGCUGCCGGAGCCGCCUUUAAAAAGCGAAACGUGAAGCGCGUGCUUUUCUCCGCCGGCUGCACGUAACCCACCAGCCGCGACGUCAUGACAUGUUUCGGGGUCUAUAUUCGGCGUCUUGUAAAUGAGGCAGUUACAUUUUUGGUUCCUCCCGAAAUUUUGCACCUUCCUUUGGCACUUUGUGUGUGUGCGCGCGACUUCUUCCUCCACAACACAUUUACGCUCAUCACUACCUCGCUCCUCAUUCCCUCCUUCUCUCCUCUUCUCAUCUUUCUUUUUGCCCCUGUCUAUAAUUGGAUUCUAUUUUCAGGCUGCUAUAAGUGUCCGUGUCUCUUGUGUUUGUGUCUCGCACCCCAUUUUCCGUCUUUCCUCCAUCGUCACCCUCUGCUCUUAUGGCUCCCAUCGCUCUCUCCAUCUCUCCGUCGCCGUCGUAAGGCGACUGCACUUGCUCUCCCCCUUUGUUUAGUUUUGCCCACAAACUGUUCCGGCUCUAUGAAAUCUUCCAUUGUCCUUUUUAUUACCGUUAAACGUGAUGGAUAUCGCGCUAAAAGCUUUGUGCAAAAUUGCGUCGGGUGAAGUAAUGCAAAUCCGAGUAAACUGCACCUAAAUGAUGUGAGUAGCUCUCUCAUGACCUAAUUCUGGUAGUCUGGGUUACACAGCGAUCUGAGACAGAGGAGGAUAUAUUUAGUUAGUGGAGGAAAAUAUGAAAAAGAUGAUGAGAGGCACUGUAGAGUCUGCAAAACAUGUAUGUGUAAGAAAGCAAUGACACAUAAAUAACGCCAUAGGUGUAGGGUCUGUCACCUCCAUGCUGUUGUGACAUUUAAGGAAAGUCGACGAGCCAAUUAAGCAGCAUUUACGAAGGGGAGGAGUGGAAAACGAGAGGCUGGCAGAGGGAGGGGGGUCCUCCUGUAGAACUUGGUUGGCUGCUCGGAUGUCUCCGGAGGCGCAGCACGUAUUUAAAAGACGAAAAAGACUUGGAGAGAAAAGGAGGCGAGACUAGCAGAGAUGGAAAUAGUUGACUGACGAGUGGAGGAAAUGGGGAUCUCUCAUCAGACCAAAAAGCCGUCAUCGGGGAGGCCCGGCAGCUGCAAAGCCACGACUCGCACGCCCCGCCGCGGCCACGUGGCGCCCAACCGCUCCACGCCCGCGCGGACAGUGUGCAUCCGGCCACUGCGAAACACACCCUCAUGCAAACAGCACGCUCAGGCCGCGCAGACACGCAAGGUACACGCGCAUCUGACGCACAAGGCCAGAUCACAGGCCGCGCACGGCUGGCCGCCGCCGCAGCCGCACGAGCAGCACACGGCACACAGCGACCAUCACUCAGGCUGCACCUUCUACUGCUAUUUCUGCUACUGCUGUUACUGCUGCUGCCUCACGGUCCUCUCUUUCUCUCUCCUCCUCCUCCUGUCUCCUCCUCCCAACACUCCUCCCUUUGCCUCUUUCCCCCCUCUCUCUUCAAACACCAUCGACCCCCCUCCCUCCUCUGUCCCUCAACCGUCAACUUCCUGUUCGGGCGAACUUUCCUGUGUCCGUCCUGACGUCAACCUGACUCCUCCUGCUGCGUCUCACUACUGCCCCGUGCCACCUUGUGUCCUCUCUGAUGACUCUUUAUCUUUCUACUUCAUCUCAUCUCUUGACCUCACCGCUUCUGACCAACACCCCUCCUCUUGCCACGGCUCCUCUUCCGCUCCCGCUUCCUCCUCCUCCUCUUCCUCUACCUCCGACUCCUUUGCCCCCCCCAAUAAUCCUGUUGUCUGCCGGCCGUGGCCUUCUUCACGCUCUCUUUCAUCCCUGCUCCUCUGCCCUCCUAGCUUUGGGGAUCCGGUCUUAUCCUAUGCUUCAACUUUGGAGCACGUCUCCUCUGGGCCGGCCCGGCCUCGAACGCUGCUGCGCCAGCAGAGUCUUCAGCAGCCCCUCAUCCACCCCCCGGGCCCUGGUCUCUGCCAUCCCCCCACCACAUCCCAGAGCUUGGGACAAUUACACACUGCGCCUGGACAGCCUGGGGGAGGCGGGGGUGCUGGGAGAGGAGAGGGAGGUGGCAGCGGUGGUGAGGGUGGGGGCGCAGGUACGCGAGGCGGUCCUCGGGGUGCACGGGGUGGCCCGGCGGCGGCUGCGUCGGCGGCAGCAGGUGCCUCCCGCUAUAGGGGAGGUGGAGCGGGAGGGCGCUCACGUGCAAAUCCUGGCAGCUGGGAUUACAUGAUGGACCAGAUCCGAAAUCGAGGCCUUGAUGUCAAGUCCUUCCUUGAAGGGAAGCUGGUGGUCCUGGCUUUGACCAUUGGCGUGGCAGAGCAAGAUGACUUUGCCAAUAUCCCUGACCUGCAGGAAACAGCGCAGGCGGCGCCGCCGGCCAAUCAGGAGCCCCCUCCUGAGAAGAGGGGCAACAAGCCAGCUAACAGCCCCAAGGGCCAACCCCCUGAUGCUGACGGCCACUCCUCCGUAACUGACCUGGCCAACUCUCUCACCGGAGACAUGGUGAUGCUGUCUCCAGGUUCAGAGGAUGACGACGGUGAAGGGCCUAUCAGUGAAAAGCUGGGUCGGAUCCAGUUCAGCAUAGGCUACAGCUUCCAGAACACGACCCUCACCGUCAAAGUUCUCAGGGGCCAGGACCUCCCGGCCAAGGACUUCUCCGGCACCUCCGACCCCUUUGUCAAAAUCUACCUGCUGCCUGACAAGAAGCACAAGCUGGAGACCAAGGUCAAGAGGAAGAACCUCAACCCCCACUGGAAUGAAACCUUCCUGUUUGAGGGCUUCCCUUACGAGAAGGUGAGAGAGCGCACUCUCUACCUUCAGGUGUUGGACUAUGACCGCUUCAGCAGGAAUGACCCCAUUGGAGAGGUGUCAAUCCCCCUUAAUAAGGUGGAACUGGGCCAGAUAAAGACCUUCUGGAAGGAGCUCAAGCCCUGCAGUGAUGGCAGCGGGAGACGAGGAGACCUGCUGUUGUCUCUCUGCUAUAAUCCCACUGCCAACACCAUCACUGUGAACAUCAUCAAAGCGCGCAAUCUCAAAGCCAUGGAUAUCGGGGGCACCUCAGAUCCGUACGUGAAGGUGUGGCUGAUGCACAAGGACAAGCGCGUGGAGAAGAAGAAGACGGUGACGAUGAAGCGCUGCUUGAACCCCGUCUUCAAUGAGUCAUUCCCCUUCGACGUGCCCGCCCACGUGCUGAGGGAGACAACCAUCAUCAUCACCGUCAUGGACAAGGACAGGCUCAGCCGCAACGAUGUUAUCGGCAAGAUCUACCUAUCGUGGAAGAGUGGACCAGGAGAAGUGAAGCACUGGAAAGACAUGCUCGCCCGGCCGCGCACUAACGUCGCCCAGUGGCACGCUCUCAAGGCCUGAUCGCACCGCCCAGCUUCCUCCGUGGCCCCUUUCCGUCUCCUGCCCCCUCCUCCUCCCCCACCUCGUCCUCCUCCUCCUCCUCCUCCUCCCCCCCGCCUCCCUCACUCCUCUUCUCCCACUCCCGUCCUUAUGCACAAGACUGACUUGCUGCCAGGCUGCGAAACACGGGUACAAUUAGCCAUCUGCUCUCUUAAACCUUUAAACUCUUUUCUUUCCAAAAUCUCAAUUUCCCUCCAACUCUCCUCCUCUGUUCCGUCCCCUCAUGCGGCCGUGUCUUAAUUUCUGUGUCUCACCGCUUUGCCAAUGGUCCCCCUGUUUCUGACUGUCUGUACGUCUGUCUGUCCUUAUGCACUUUGCCUGUGGAGGUCUGAUAAUCAGUUUCUUUGCCGAUCCCUGCACUGCCGUCCCUGACCCAUUCAAGGUGCCAGUCCCGUGGGAUCACAGAGAACCUUCAGUAACGAUCUAGUCUCAUAUAAUCAUGUCAUAUGAAUAUUCCAGGUAAACGAUACUAUACAGUAUGUACUGUAUGUACAUAUACUUAUUGAUAUAUUAGGCGAAUAGAUUGGCAGAACUCCCCCUAUACACACAACUAGUAUACAGUAUCUUAUCCAUAGCCUCUCUGCCGGCUCCCAUCUCUCCCGUCUCUUCAUUUAUUGCCUCGUCCUUGUCAUCUGUCUCAAGUGUACUAUAUCUCUCCCCCAUUUCAGUCCUUCCUCCUUUUUACUCGAAAGUGGUUUAAUGUUCAGCUGAAGAUGUCGAAAGCAAUCAAUACUAGGUUUGUGAUGAAAUUGGUUGAACUCUAGAUGGAGUUGUUGAUACUGCCCUCUCUUCUCCCUGCCCCCCCCUCCCCUUUUUCUUUUUUUUUUUCUUAUUGAUGCUCUUCUUUAUGUCUUUUUCCCCCCUUUUCUUACUGUUCCCCCUUUCUCUUCUUCUGGCACACUAUUAGUGAACUGACCCCCCCAUCCCUCUUUUCUGGACCCCCUCCUCGUCGUCUGUGUGCUGUGGGUGCUGUGCUGUAGCUCCAACAAAAAUAGAGAUUUAAAAAAAAGACAAAAAAAAACAAAACAAAAACAAAAAACUGAACUUUCCGAAGCUGGGAAAGCGGGGACACGAUAAACUUCUGAAACGGAUCGCUUCUGAUUUUUCCAGACGAAAAAAAGCCCUGAGACGGAGAGAGAAAAAAGAAGACGACAAAAAACCAAAACAAGCAAACAAGUCUCCCCCCAAGAUACUAUGAUGUCAUUUUUCACAGCAUCAUCAACUGAUAGAGUUUCAUUUAAAACCUUCUUCCGAUGUUAAGGUGAAAGCAAAGUUUGUGCUCUGUUUAUUGAUCCUAUGAAUUCUUUGUGCUGCCCUGUGCUCUUGUUUUGUGCCGACGUUGGGGGCGGGGGUUGGGGAUGGGGGGGCGGCCGUGUUAACGUGUGCCUGUUGAUGUGCGUGCGCGUGUGUUCACGGGAGCAACACAACUCAAACUCGACGGAAAUCUUCUUCUCUUUUCUCUUUCUCAUCUUGCGCUCUUCUUGCUCUUCUUACUGCCAUCGUUUCCCCAUCCUCUACUGCCCUGCCUUCUGAAUGAGGGCACGGGGAAGUUCUAUCUGCACUUUUUGGAAAUGUAAUAACAAUAAUAAGGUCGGUGAUAGUUUCGAUGAUGAUUAUAGUACCGGUGAAAAUCAAGGGAGGAGUACCUGUCAGGGUGAGCAGCAGUUGGGGAGAGGUGACGUCUGCUCUGUGGUGUCAGGGUUUGGAGACGACGUUGAGGGCACGGAGGAUGUGGGGGGCUCUCAUCCUCCUCUUCCUGUUUGGCUGUUUCCCUUCGGUGUGUGUGUGUGCGUGUUUUUUUUCUGUGUGUGUGUGUGUGUGUGUGUCAGCUACCGGACCCCUGGUGGCAGACUGCUCGUGUCUGAAAUGUCAGGCCAGGAUGGAGAUAUCGGGCUUGUCUGCUUGUCAUAUGGAGGUCGGCCAGCGCUACAGUGCUAUUACACAAAGUGUCCAUCAACGACGAGCCCAGUCGGAGCUCUGCGCAAGCGUGUGUGAAUUUGUGCUGGCGAACAAUAGGUUCGUCUCUGAAAACGGUAACCGAUGGGAAUGUGGGCAGAAUAAAAAUAAACUAUGUAUCGCAGAUGUAUUAGACGAUGGCCCGACGUGCCACUAUGAGAUACUGGAGAGGCAGAUGAUUAUCUCUACGCUAAGUGCUUAAGAGCGCCGCAGAGUGUGCUGGUGGCCGCGCCGCUUGUCAGGCACGUCCAGCUCGGCUCGAUGUUCCUGUAACGUAAAUCGCAAAGCGGCAACAGGAAGGCCGCACGAGCCAUUCACGCAGACGUCUGCCUCAUCUUAGUGUACUUCCCGUUUCUACAUUCAUAAAGUCCUGUGAAGCAUAAUCCUGUCGGAUACUUGAUACUUUCUGUUUUCACUCCAGCAGAUUAGCCGUCAUUUCUAAACGAGGAUCGACCUUUCAAACGUCUCUCAAGUCGGACUGGCUCCGCGAGCAAACGCAAUCAGUUGUUUGUUUCCAGCUUCUGUUGAUGCUACAUUCGCAGUCCUUACAAACUCUGUCGUCAUCAAAACGCCACGGGCCCCGCGGCGGAUUUUAUUUCGCCUUAUCACGCAGUAAUUUAACAGUGUCUUGCAUGUUUCCAUGCUAACAAUAAUCUGAUCAACUCCAGCUGACUGGUUGUUCAGCCGCGGCCUAAUCUGCUCCAGGUUACUCCGCAUCUUGUGUCUUUUUGGAGCUCGUCCGGGGCAACAGGCUUUGUGUGCAGACCUUGCGCCGGGCAGCGCGUUUCGUGUGGCGAGCCUCGGUGCUGGCCGCUGUGAAGCGCUGAUCCGGUCCAGCAACCUUCAGAACAAUUGGCCAGCCGUGGAACAGGGGCCACUGUUUUGACAGCCACUGCCUGCAGUGUCACAGCACAUUACACUCCCAUUAGGUGGUCAGAAAGGAGCAGUAUCCGCUCCCUCGGACCUCGAGGACUCUGCUGUUUGCAGAGGUAGCGCUCGCUAAGAAUAAUACAGGACGUUGAGCUCAUUAGCAGACGCGCGGAGGGAUAAAGGCUCGUCAGUCAAAAAUGGAAAAUAAUCAGUGGGUGAUCACUGCUGAAGCUGGGAAAACCGCAUGUGCGGGUGAUGAGUCAACACAUUACCUCUGCUGGUUCCUUUUUACCAAGAUCCCAUGUUAUUCAAGAAGUGAUAAAUUGCUAUGCUGCAUGGGUUUACAAAGCUUCGUCAUCAGUGACCCUGCUAACUUGGGUGUAUGACUUUAUUUUUAGUAGCGCGAGGCGCAGUGUGAUGCUGCUGAUCCUGGAAGGUAGACUGGAGGGUGGAAGGCUACGGGGUCGGGCUCGAGUGCCGAGCGCUUCUGAAUACAGAUGGGAUCUUAAAUGCAAAUAAACUAUUAUCUGCUUUCUUUUUUAAUGAUAGUUAUUUAAUAGAUGGGUCAUCGAAUGAUUAGCGAGUGCGCCUAAGUACACCCUUUGAGGAGAGACGGGCGGUUAUGUAAAGUAGUGAAAUGCUAGAAAAUGCAGUUAUGCAACGGUGGACUCACCUCCUCAUUCUUUCUCUCACGGACCACGCAACUGUGUCUGUAAAAUAUUAAUAAUGGGAGCAAGAACAACCAUUUAAAGCUCUUCCUCUGGUCCGAUUAAAAUCCAAUAUGCAGGUAAAUAUUUAUCUUGACAGAGUUGGUAAAAUGCAGAGUUAAUGAUAAAGAGAAUCAUAUUUAAAGGUGGAAAAUGUCGUGACAUUUUCAGCUAAUAAAAUAAUUCAAAUCAUAUUUUUUUUUAAAGCUGUUUAGGAGGCCCGGCUCUCAGACGUGGGAUCGAACCAAAAAAAAAAAGUGCUACUUACGAGCCUUAAAAAAAGCAACAUUAAUUCUUUAGAUUCAAGUAGGCUUUUAAUGCUCAUAUUCAUGAAUAGUGCAUGAAGUUGUUGUUUUUAUGCAUUCGUUUUUGCAUUGCCUCCAAAACUGGUGAGAAAACAGCACUCAGCCGUGACUCCUGCUCUUCCAUAACUUAUUUACUUUAGUAAACAGUGUGAAUCACGGUGGUACACGCCGUAAAUCAACCAGAAAGUUGCACACUCCAUAAAAUAGCCAGGAGUCCUGAACAUUAUGUUCUCAUUGCCAGCAGUCAAACAGCACCGCCAUUAAAACGGAGGGUGAGCCCGGAGCCAAACGGUAUAAAGAAAGAAAGCCAUCUCCAGAUCCCUGGUUUUAUUACGCUGCCACCUGUCUCACGCCUCUAAACUUAUUGCGUUUUGUUGGCAGCUACACUGUCAGCAGUGACCUUCGCCAAACCAGAGCUCAUGAAUAUACCAUGGCGGUGUUGCAGAUGCUCUGAGUCAAGAUUUCUGUUUCUUUUUUUUUCUUUUUCUUCUUUUUGUAAGGCCAAUUCGGCUUGGCGUGCUCGCUCUCCCCGUGUUCAGCCUCAGCUCUGUCUUUCAUCGCUGCUGCGUUCCCUGGCGGAGUCGACUCGUAGGUGCAUGCGUGGAUAAUUAGCGUUUGAUCACAAAGGUUUAAUCCGAGAUGACAGACACAGCUAACACUGCCCGCAAACUUGGCCUCAGAAUGAAAGCUCUCCACGCUGACUUUUAUGUUAUGUAAAUUCAUCCUUCCCUUCUAUGUGUCCUUGCUUAGUGUCGAAUCUGGAGGGUAUUGCAACACUUUCUCAUUUCUAUUGUAAAGUUUUCUUUGACGCUAAGUCAAGUCAAGUUGCCGGCAUGGCAAAGUUAGCGUCAUUACUUUAGGAAUGUGAGUUGUUAUUUGUCCAGUAACGUUCAAGUUCCCCUCAGGAUGAAUUUGGGCUCAGUUUGUCCCUUAACCCUAACUUUUGAAGUAUUAUCUGGUUAAAGUCUUAUUUUCAUCACUAACAAUAAUUAUAAACUUUGGUCCAAGUAAUGCGAAAUUCAGCGGUACAGUUGUCAUAAAUAUGAAAUUAACUAUAGAGAACAAAAACUGUUUUUGUGCCAGCAAAUAUUAGAUUCUUUCUAUGUGGUUUAUAUGGAUCGACCUGCUCCCUUUGGAGUCGGCCUCAAGUGGCCAUUCGGGGGAAAUGCAGUUUUUGGCUCUUGUGCCCCGGCUUCAUUUUUCGACCUCGAAGGCGUGACUGCAUUUAAAAACACAACUCAGACCCUCCUGAUGUAACUCAAACCCCCUGUUUCUCCGUGGUUAAUCCUCCACGGCCAGCUUGGUAUCAUGAACAAUUCCAUUCACCUCCGGGAACACCCGUCUCCUCUGCAGUGUUUAUUCAUGGGUAUGCACCCCCAAAUUCAUCACUGUCACCAGCAGCUUCCUCUUCCCUGUUUACUUUCUAAAUAACGCGCGGCUUUAUUGGCUGAAGGGGUCACACCUGUUUUCCGAGGGAUUAGCAUGAUAUUCUCCUGCGCCUGUUUGUCCUCGUCAUACUCGCUCGGUUAUUCAUCACUUCUAGUUUUGCUUGACGGAUCUGGUUUUUCAUAAGGCGAGCAUCAGUGACUCACUGUAUUGGAAAGGUGCCUGCAUUGCUGUAGGUUUUUCUAUAUUAAAUUAAGGGUGCGCUGUAUUUUGUCUUGGAGAAUGUGUGUGUGUGUGCGCGCGUAUUGAAAUCAGGCGGUAGUAAUCUCAUCCUGGAGGGACUGCAGUUGAUUCUUUAUUCCGCUGACUCAUGUUAUGACGGCUGAGUAAGCUCAGAAGUCUCCCAGGUCACCUUUGUCAUUUGUCCAGUCGGCCUGAGUGUGCGUGUGCACUUCUCGCCCUGCGCGGACAGACCUCGCCUCCCCUAACUCACCCUUUCAAUUGUUUUAAGCAUCUGGUGGGAACCAGUGUGACUUCUCCCAAUCAGGGUUCAAGUAAGCAUCGUCCGAAUCGUAACAAACUGAAUAUGAAAAACAAUAAUGAGUAAUAAUAUCUUGUUUUUUUUUCUUUCCUUUUUUUUCGUUCACAUUCGACUGUGGGUCGGUCUGUGCGUAUGUGUGUGCUUGGUGUUCUUGUGUUGGGUUUCUUUCUUUACAUAAACCGUGAGAAGAAAAGUCCUUCUGUUUUUAAAAACUUUAUGUAAAUAUCGUCGGUGGAGAAUUAACAUUUGUUGUUACGCUGAGUUUUCAUUUGUCACUCGAAAUGAUGAAGAAAACAAUGAUAUCCAUGAAAACCAGUGGUGAUGUUGAUGAUGCUGAAGCUGAUUAUACCUGCCCUUCUUGAAUAAGGGCUUUUGAUGUCCGCUGUAUUUUUGUUGGAGGCGUCGUGCGGUCGGGGCAAGAGAAGCAAAGGCGCGGAGUGAUACCCGACACAUCCCAGGCCCACUGUAGCAACACUGCCACAUACCUUUCCCCCUCCCACACCUGCAGGAAAUUGACUGAACGAAUUUGUAGCUUGUAGCCGCUUACGCCAUAAAACGUCUUUGUGUGCUCCCUGGGUGCACGUGAGGACUGCUCACCUCCCCCACGGAGGCGCUCUGCCCUGGUGUCUUGGCACCACAUCUCACCCCUGCCUGCUUAUAGGCUUGGGGAUUUACUGUAAUGUCAUUGUGUUAGACGGGAUUGGCCCUGUACUGACACUGAUGAUGCCUUCCUCAUUCAGCCUGGACUCCUCACGGCUUGGGCCGGAGGCCGUACAGUGUGUGGGAGCGAGCACGUGCGGAGGGCGAAGUCGAGGGACGUAAACCACAACAUGUCACCCCGUACAGGCAGUCUGCACGCUUGUGAUUCAGGCUCUAAUUCUGGGGUUGGAGUCGUGAUUAAGCACAACCGACUGACAGGAACUUGCCACAUAAUUGGCUCGUCUCUUCCUUCGUCAGAUAUUUAUAAGAACUCUCAAACUUUAACGAGAAGGGCCCAGGAUUAGUGCGAGAGCCAGACGAUUAACGGGGCACGUGGCGAAUCUGAUAGUAAUAAUCGCUUUUAAUCAUUCAAAAAAAGAUGGGAGAAUAAAAUGUCUCCGCGUGUCCAAAAUGUGCCCCGUGCCUUCUAGACAGACACGCGUAUUGAAUUUGCACAGGGCUGUGGUCCGGUUAGUUUCGCUGCAGGUGUCAUUACACCCACUUCCCUAUCUUCCAUAUGCCAUAGCCUUAUGUAUCUGGCUGGGCCUGUGUACAGUGCAGGGAUGGAGCUUAUCAGUUUCACAUUACCUUGAGGACGGCCUCCGCCACAGACAUGAUACGGUAGAGCAGAUACUCCCAGCAGCCGUCUGCAGGAAGGACAGUGGAUACAGUCCUGCCUUCAUUUGUAACACCAUCCUUUAGAGGGAGUCCCACGAGGAGUCACAAAGUCCACAGACACACUAAAAAUAAACUCUGACUACUUCCCCUAAACCCAGAUCCUUCAGAGUAUUUUUUUUCCUUCCCUCGCCGGUUGUAAAUAGACUUUGUGAUGCAGUUGGAGCUGCCUCUAACUCCUGCCAUAAUGUGGACAUUUUUAAUCAGGUAGGUAAUAAGCAAUACACUCAACUGAUGACUAACGCCAUACUCUGAAACGUUACUAACCGGGCGCGAUGGUGACUUUCUUUGCAUUAAGGGAUGUCGAGGGUAACACUCCUGUUUCUUCACCCACUUUCUCCACUUGCCGCGGCCCACCUCUUCAACAAAGAGUGCUCUAACUUAAAACACACAAUUGUGAUGUGUACAAUCUAAUUUAAUGUAUUUAUUUAUGUAUUUUUGCCAACUUUGUAUAGUGUAUAAAUAUCUAUAAAUAUAUGAAAAAUGACAGUACUGUAUAGAUUUUAGCUGCCUGGUAAGGUUAAUAGUAUAUACUUGGUAGACUAAAAGAAAAAGCGUAGAGCUGUUCAAAAGCCAGUUAUUGAGAAAAUGCUUUCUGUAAAACCCGGUGCCCCUGGCUCUUUUUAUAUCCUAGGUUUCGUUUCUGGUUCAUUUUUUUAUUAUAGCCAGUGGGGAGCCAAAAGUGUGUGUAGUUCUUCUUUCCGUCCGUUCGUUUGUUGAAUCGGUUCGUUUGUUGUUUUUUCUCUCGACAAGACACAGCGAGGUUCUGGCAGCCAGGAGAGAGCAGUGGAACGCAGACUGGGACCCUGUGCAGUAGUGUGUGCGUGUGCGUACGUGUGUUAGGUGUGCGUCCGUCCAUGGUAGUGCUAGUGCUCUCUGUGCAGUGCCUCCCUCCUCCCUCUGAUGUAGUUUGUCAUGUGACUCAGUGUGUGUUAAGGUGCAGGAUGACUGUGUUUGCUGAAGCUGACAAAUGCCCUUUCUUUCUUUCUUUCUUUCUUUCUUUCUUUCUUUCUUUCUUUCUUUCUUUCUUUCUUUCUUUCAUUUUCUCCGUGCCUCCUCAUGUCCACCCCGUUUCUUCAUUACAGCGCCUCAUUUUAAUCCUCCACUAAGUAUAGAUUUCCACUUCCUCUGCUCGAUUGUUCAUUUACUCUCCCGUUCGGCUGGUAAUGCAUACCCCCACCAGAGUCUAAUUUCACAGCGGUCUACCAUCCCUCAUCUAUCCGCGCUCCUUUGUACAUUAGCAUCUCUCAUCAGUCACCCUCCACGUUGCUGAAGAGCACCUUGUAUAUCUGUGGAGGUCUGUGGAGCAGAGAGUGAUUUAGCACAAAAAAGAAAGAUUCAUGCAACUCAUCUCUGGUCAUGCCUUCAUGUCAUUUUCUUUUCUUUUUUUUUUCUCUCCGUACCUUGUGCAAAAUCUGAGGGGAAGGGCGUCUGUCAGCUCAGCGCGCAGAAUCACAAAGCAGCCAUAUUCAAAAGUCAAGCACAGAAUCUAUGUCGCGGCGGCUUCACUGCUGCCCAUUUGUAGCAAGAGCAAGAGAAUAGCCUUAAAGAUUGGACCAACUACGCGAAAAAAGUAGUGGGAUAUGUGCAUUUGUAGUGGACUAUUAUUACCCUCCCCUUCCCACGCCAGAUUUAUUACUCAGUAUUCCGAUGUGUUGCUUGGUUGCUCUGUACAUAUCUGUGUAGUACUUCUGUUGAUGUCCCUGUGUUAGUAUAGUGACGGGUUCUUACCGGGUGGCCUCCGCAGACGUCCUCUCCCUCCCGUCCUCGCCUCAUCUCCUUUGAAACUUCAAACAUUCCAUCUGAACCUCUUCUGAAAGUCAUUAUAAAGUUAUAUAGAUUUCAGGUUAGUCUGGGAGCGACCUCCACUCCGUUUUCCACUGGAGCCAUGCUGGUAACCCAGACAUCUUGUUCAGAAACGCCCCCACACCCCUCUUCUCCGAGAGCCCUAAACCCACAAACCGGCGGCGGCAGCACGCUCAGCAUGAAGACCUUCACGCAUGCCGCUCUGCUCCUCUAAACGCACCUCCACGCAGACCUCACCCGCUCCGAGAGCUCAGUGGGUCACCGACUGGUUUGAGGAGCCGCUGACUCGACGAGGGGGGGGGGGUGAGGUGAGACGGGUGAGGUAAGGGAGGAGGUGGGAGAGCCCUGGGUGGCAGCAGAGAGGCGUGUCCCUGAGGUCGAACCCUGGGUGAGGAGGGAAGGGAGCGAGGGCGUCUCAAGGCCGAAGCCCGGUAGCACUUUGGUUUUGCGUUCCAUGUUUUUUUUAGCCUCUCCUGUUUUUGGGCCGAGCGGACUGUGAUCUUACUGGUUGAUUUUUCUCGUUCUCCUCCACCCAUCAGUGUUACAGAGUGUGUUGGGUGGACGGAGCCUUGGAGCUGAGCUCUGAUUUUGUUCCAUAUUAAAGAAUCAUUUUUACUACA